CCAGUCGGGAGCGCGCGAGGCGUCGGGAGGCUGAUCCCUGCAACGAGUCCCCUACCUGCAGCCGCCGCCCGCCAGCCACCAUGGCGCUUCUGCUGCGCGUGGUGCUCCUCCUGUGCGGAGUCGCCGGUUUCACCAAAAGUCUGAGUAUCACUACUACUGAUCAGAUGAUUGAAAAAGCCAAAGGGGAAACUGCCUAUCUGCCAUGCAAGUUUACUGUUGGUUCUGAAGACCAAGGGCCGCUGGACAUUGAGUGGCUGCUUUCACCAGCUGAUAAUCAGAAGGUGGAUCAAGUGAUUAUUUUAUAUUCUGGAGACAAAAUUUAUGACGACUACUAUCAAGAUCUGAAAGGACGAGUACAUUUUACAAGUAGUGAUGUUAAAUCUGGUGAUGCAUCAAUAAAUGUAACAAAUUUACAAUUAUCAGAUAUUGGCACAUAUCAGUGCAAAGUGAAAAAAGCUCCUGGUGUUGCAAAUAAGAAGAUUCAGCUGACAGUUCUUGUUAAACCUUCAGGUACAAGAUGCUCCGUUGAUGGAUCAGAAGAAAUUGGAAGUGACUUUAAACUAAUAUGUGAACCAAAAGAAGGUUCACUUCCAUUACAAUAUGAAUGGCAAAAAUUGUCUGAUUCACAGAAAAUGCCCACCUCAUGGUUAGCAGAAAUGACUUCAUCUGUUAUAUCUGUAAAAAAUGCCACAUCUGAGUACUCUGGGACGUACAGCUGUACAGUCAGAAACAGAGUGGGCUCUGAUCAGUGCCUCCUGCGCCUAGAUGUUGUUCCUCCUGCAAAUAGAGCUGGAACAAUUGCAGGAGCCAUUAUAGGAACUUUGCUUGCUCUAGUGCUCAUUGGUCUUAUCAUCUUUUGCUGUCAUAAAAAGCGCAGAGAAGAAAAAUAUGAAAAGGAAGUUCAUCAUGACAUCAGGGAAGAUGUGCCGCCUCCAAAGAGCCGUACGUCCACUGCCAGAAGCUACAUAGGCAGCAAUCAUUCAUCUUUGGGAUCCAUGUCUCCUUCCAACAUGGAAGGAUAUUCUAAGACUCAGUAUAACCAAGUACCGAGUGAAGACUUUGAACGCACUCCGCAGAGUCCAACUCUCCCUCCCGCUAAGGUAGCUGCCCCUAAUCUAAGUCGAAUGGGAGCGGUUCCUGUGAUGAUUCCAGCACAGAGCAAGGAUGGUUCUAUAGUAUAGAACCUCCAUACCUUUCAUCUAUACUCUUCCUUGCUUUUCUUCUCUUGAUAUAUGAAAACCUAGUCUGUUCUAAACUUUGUUACCCACCUCAAAAUAUAUCCAAAAGAAGUUAAUCAGAAACUUGUAAGAAAUAUACUUCAGAAAAUUUUGUUUGGUUUUAUUGAAACAGUAAAGGCAUUAAUGUUAGUAAAGAUAAACUCACCAUCCGAAAAAGCUGGCUUGUCUUUCAAGAGGCUGAUUUUAAAACUUUCUAAAUAUCAAUACCUAAGUAAGAUGUAGCACUUUUAAUAUGAAAUCAUAGGUGAAGAAAUUGAUGAACUUACAUGCAUACCAAAUUGAUACUUGAAUCAUCUGAAAGUGGUACUUGAUAAUUUCUACAAUUAUUUUUAGGAUGUCUGUCUCAUUUAUUUAUGACUCAACAGUCUACCCCAAAUUAGUAUACAUCUAUGGCAAAAUUACUUACAUAUGUUUGUAUUUGUUUUUAUAGCUUCUCUGAAAACUCUAAAUGUGUUUGGAAUAUCUCUAAUGACACAAAAACACUACAGUGUUUUAGAAAUUACUACUUAGACUUCCAAGUCAUUCAUAAAUCUUCUCUGUGAUUUCUUAAGUAUUUAAUUGAUAGACUGCUACAGGCAACAGGGACAUAGUAAGCUCUUUUAUGUGCUAAAGCACAGGAGUGUCUGUCAGAUUCAGUUAGAACAUUUGCUGUCAGCUGCAUGUAGAGAUGACACUGUUGGUGCAAUAGUGGGGACAGAUCUUGUUGAUAGUGAUCUGAUGCCUUGAGGCUUGUGGUGUUCUUCAAAACGGUGACCAGCCAGAUCAAGGAUGUAGUAUUUCACAGUUCCCAACUGAACACUGGCUCUCCACUUUAAGUGAUAUUUUUCUAAUAAGAAAAUAUUAUAAUUCAUUUAUUAUUUGACAAUUAUAGAUUGAAAUUCCCUAGUUAUCAAUUCUAAAUUUAUUGGGGGUUUUUUUCUGGUUCAGUGUUGUUUUUUGUUUUGCCUUUUUUUUUUUGGAUAGUGUUACAUAUUAUAUGUUCUAGAAACAUGUAAUCCUAAAUUUACUCUAUUGAAUGCAGUUCCUGGAUGAUAUUUUCUUCAUAGGCUGAAUGAUCAAAUAUAUUUUAAGCAAGUAGUGUCUUCCAUCAAUUCUGUAUUCCAGACUUGGGAGAAGGUACGGUUGCUGUUGUGUGGCCAAACAUGUCUUUGUGUAGUUCCAGUAAAUCAAGUUGAGCUUUGAAAAAGUUUGAGUCUAGUUUUGUGAGAGUGAUUUACUCUUCAAAAAAGAAAAGAAAAUUUAGAAAAAGGAGAAAAGGAAUACUCCUACCUGCCAAAUGUGUUAAAUACUGUUUAAGCAGAAGAAAGUGGAUUUAUUGUAUUUCCCUUAAGAUUGUGAGGGAAUGUGGAUAUAGUAGGAUGAGCCAACAGUUUCUUUAGUAUAUAAGGUCUGCAAUAAAUUAUUUCACUAACUCUAAAACCUUUUCCCUAGAUUUUAGUAGGGAGUUGGUUUCUAUUAACCUUUUUGGGUGCUGUGGUAAUAAAUGCUACAUUAUAAAUUAAUGAUGGCAUGUAUUUACAACUAGGCAGAGUAUUGUGUACACUUUUUAAUGGUAAACUUAAGCUGAAUGUCUGUGUAAUGGAUUAAUGUAUAGUUUUACAUAUUUGGAAGCAUUUUUAAACAGGUUUUUGACCUUACAUAAAAUUACUUUUAUACUUGUGUUAACAUUUUCAUCUGUGCCUUUUGGGUAAUUUAAUUUCUAUUAUGAAUUUCUGGUGCCUAUGAGCUAGCUAUCACCUACCUGAAAGGUGCUUAGAGGUGAAGGUACUGUUUCUAAAAAUGCAUCACUGUGACACACCUUUCUAUCCUCAUACUUUCAAUCUUGCCUCUUCUUCUCUUUUCUUUUUGGAUGUAACUUAAAUGAUUGUGUUAUUCAUAAAGAUUUAAAAAUUUUAACAUCCCAAACACUCUUUUGUGUUUCUGAUUUUAUAA